UACGAUAGUGACGUCGGAAAGUGAUCCAGUGCUAACAUUUUUCAACGGACUUCUGAAAGACAGAGUUUUUUUUGUAUGUUUUUGUAAUAUCGUUAGGUAAAAAUGCCUUCAGGAAUAUCGGAUCUUGAUUCAGUGUACGUCACGAGACGGACUUCAGCCCUGAAACUGAAAGCCGCAUCCCGGUUUCAGAUUUCUCCUGAAAAAUGCCACAUAGGCCAUUUAGUGCUACAAGCCAUGACCGACAACCCUGCAGGAAUUAACCAGAUAGACUCAGCAACAGAGCAGUCCGAGACCCACAGGUCAGUGUUGUCCCGCUCGUGUCGUCUCGCUUCGGCCAUGCAGAACUUCGGCCUGCGAGUGGGAGACACCGUGGUAGUGAUGGGACCCAACCAUCUGGACGUCGCCAUCCCGUACUACGCCAGCCAUUUCAAUGGGACUACGCUGUGCACUGUGGAUGGCAGUAUCGUGGCUAGCGACCUUGCACACCUGUUCACAACUAUUUCACCGAAAAUCAUAUUUUGUUUAAAAUCACAAGAGGAUAAAAUUCAAGAAGGCUUGAAAGAAAGUGGGAAAGAAGCUGUGAUAGUGAAGUUUGACGACAACAAGUCUAAUAUGGAAACCUUCAUACGCGACAACAGUGGCACUGAGAACAACUUCAGACCAGCGGAGUUCGACCAACAGGAGACGGCGGCGUGGCUGCUGCUCACCAGCGGCACCACGGGGCGCCCCAAGUGUGCCAUCAUCACCUACGCCGUGGUGGCGCAUGCUGUGGAGGCCUGGUGGUACCAGUUCACGACGGGUGUGUAUAACACCCUCAUCAUCGGCACUAUACAGUGGAUGUCGGCCAUGUUGUUCUACAUCUCGUGUCCCAUCAUGAGGUCGGCGCGGAUCCAGUCCUCCACGCCGAUGACGCCGCAGUGGCUGGUCGCUAUUAUCAACAAGUACCGGCCGAACGCCACAGUGUGGACGCCGCACCUGCUCUCCAAGUUCCUGCACGCCACGGCGGCCGUGUGCGACCUCUCCUCCUUCCGGUACAUCAUCAUCGGAGGCAGUUCUAUAGACAAGCCGCUGCUGGAUCAAUUCAAACAACGCUGCGACGCGUACCUGUACCUGGUGUACGGCAUGACGGAGCUGAUGAUCCCGGUGUUCGACUACGACAUGCGCGUGCCCUUCGGCUCCUCCGGCCGGCCCAUCGCGGGGAAGCUGCAGUACAGGCUGGCCACUGAAGACGGAAGCGACGCAAAAGUAGGCGAAUCCGGUGAACUACUACUUAAAGGAGACUACUUUUUCAAGGGAUACCUCAAUAACAAAGAGGAGACAGACAAGGUGCUGACUGACGACGGCUGGGUGAAGACAGGGGACAUGUUCUACCGAGACGAACAAGACUACUACUACUACGUGGAGAGGAAACGACUGCUCAUCAAACACACCGGAUUAUGGAUCUCCCCCGUACAACUCGAGGAGGUGAUCAAGCAGCACCCGGCGGUGGGAGACGCCUGCGUGGUGGGGCUUCCGGACCAGCUCGACGUGGAGAUUCCUGUGGCCGCUAUAGUGAAGGAGAACGGGGCUAACGUGGAGCCGGAGGAGAUCUUUGCACUUAUGAGCCGAGAACUGCCGCCUCUGAAGCAGCUCCACGGUGGCCUGUUCUUCAUGGACGUACUACCAACGACACCCUCAGGGAAGAUACAGAGGGCACAAGUAAGGGAGAUAGCGUUUCUAGCCAAUCGCAUACUGCCUUCGAAAGACGUACCUCCGGCUCAAAACACGCUGACCAAUGGGACGGCUCGCUGAUCUGGGGGGUCACUCUACAGAAUGCUCUAGCUUACGAAAAAAGAAGAACCCAUUACUCGUUGUAUGAAACGCACCAGUUGCAUGAUAGCUCUCGUUCGUUAGUUUUUGGUCAAGCUAGAGAUACCUCCGGACACAGAGGCAAAAUGUUUAAUAUUAUUCUUCUAGUCACAGUUAUGAGUAUAUGAGUAGCACUGCCAUGGUAAUUAAAAUGAAAUCGUGAUA